AUGAACGAAAAGUCCCCAUUGCCAAUCCACAAGAAGGUGGAUGAGAAAACACGCAGCUGGAAAGGAUUUCAUCUCAUAUCUGGUGUUUUGUCCCUCUUGACAAUUUCAAUUUACUUGUCAACCACAUUUACCUUCCCAACUUGGAUUAUAAAAUCUGAACCUGAUAAUCCUGAUGGUCUUUGUCCAAUUGUACCAAAAAUAGAUCCAACAAAAGACAUCCAUAACCCCAAGUUACUCAAUUACAUCUUGUAUAAUGACAAGUUCCACAAGCAGGAACGGGAGAAGUUGCUUGGAGCAAUUCAAGUCCCCACUGAAGUGUAUGAUGAUAUGUUGAAUCCAAAAUCGGCUAAAAAUUUAGACAAGUUACUCCAAUCAGAACCAAGAUGGAAGCCAUUUAUCAAAUUUCAUCAAUAUUUAGAGGAAACUUACCCUUUGGUACACAAUCAUUUGAAGAUUGAAAAAAUCAAUCACUUGGGCUUGGUGUACACGUGGAAAGGUAAUGACAAAAACAAAAAACCAAUUAUAUUAGCAGCCCACCAAGAUGUCGUCCCAGUUCAACAGGCAACAUUAGACCACUGGACUUAUCCACCAUUUAAAGGUGGAUAUGAUGGUAAGUACUUGUAUGGAAGAGGGGUUUCUGAUUGUAAAAACUUACUUAUUGGGUUGUUGUCUACAAUUGAAUUACUUUUGGAAAAGGAAAAGUUUAAGCCCGAAAGAACCAUUAUAUUGGCUUUUGGGUAUGAUGAAGAAAGUGCUGGUACAGGAGCAGCCGAAAUAUCAAAACAUCUCUUAUCACGCUAUGGACCUGAUUCGAUUUUGCAAAUCAUCGAUGAAGGCAACGAAGCAUAUGAACAAGUAGAAGGAUUGAAUUUGAUUCUUCCUGCGACUGGAGAAAAGGGGUAUCUUGACUCAGUGAUUGAAUUGUAUACACCUGGUGGUCAUUCCAGUGUGCCCCCUAAACACACGUCUAUUGGAAUAAUGGCCCAAUUAAUCACCGAGAUUGAAAAUGAUUCAUUCCUGCCAUUACUCACACAAGCUAACCCAAUUAUGGGUGAACUAUUCUGUUUAGCUGAACACAGUCCUGCUUUAGACAAAACUUUGCGACGCAACAUCUUAAAAGCACAAGUUGACACUAAUGCCAAUAAAAAAGUUGUCGAAUACUUGGCAGAAAACCUCGAUACCAAAUACUUGAUCACCACAUCUCAAGCAAUUGAUAUCAUUGAAGGGGGCGUCAAGUCGAAUGCAUUACCUGAGCAUGUGUCAAUUUUGGUCAACUCAAGAAUUUCAGUUGAGGAAAGUGUUGAAGAUGUAGUCGACAAGUACAAACUUCAUGCUGAAAACAUUGCCAAAAAGUUCAGCCUUGGUCUUGUUGUGAAUGGUGAAGAACUAAUUGAACCAGCAAAGAAUGGAUACUUCAACUAUUCCUUAGUUGAACCUUUGCAACCAGCACCAGUCUCGCCCAUAAAUGGUGAAAGCUGGAAUGUCUUUGGUGGCGCUUUAAGGUACUUGUACGAAGACUUGGUUUUCCCCCAACUGAAUGAUACCUUUGUUGUAGCGCCAUUUUUAUCAACGGGAAACACCGACACCAAGUCCUAUUGGGAUUUGAGUAGAAACAUUUAUCGGUACCAACCAGGGCUCCCUAAUGAAGAUAGUGGUAUUCAUUCCGUAGAUGAGAGAUUGGUAUUUGAUGGACACUUCCAUAUUAUCGCUUUUUACUACUAUUACUUGCAACUUAUCGAUAAAGCUGAUGAUGCAAAGUUUUAA